GUAUAAACAAAACAGAAUGUCGCCAUCAUCUCAUUUGUGUGGGCUUUUCUAUGCGGGAUAUCGUUUACAACCCUGAAUAAACUGCAAACACAGGAAUCAGAAUGUCAAGCGAAUGAAGCUGAUGUUGUUUUGAAUGAAUAACUCGUAAUCAUGUCAAACAAGGUAGAAAAAGAUGCUGGCAAGAGCCACGUUCAAAUCGAUGCCUGAUUAGUGCUCGCUAGAAAUCAUUGGCAAUCAGUUUUCUUCAUUUCCAUUCCGGGAAUCUCCGAGGUGGGAUCGUUCCAAAAUGUUUCCAUUUUUCCACGGAUUUCAUUUGGUUUGGGUCUGGGUAGUUCUGGUUCAUUUGUACUGCCUUUCUGCGUUUGAGAUUCAAUCGAAAGAAUGGGAGCAAACCCCUUUUGAUCCACUGGCCUUUUCCUCGGCGCCUGAAGGACCUUUUGUCAAGAUGAGUCCGUUCAUAAACGGUCCACUUCAAGUCCUGUCCAACGAAGCACUGCCCGAGACUCCUUUGGAAUGUGGUUCCACCACCGAACUUGGGGCCAACCAAGAGGUCAUCAUACAAAGCCCAUCAUUUCCAGGCCACGUGGAACCAGGCACCAAAUGCUCAUGGGAUUUCGUUUUGCCUUCAUCCACCCUGGUGGUUUUCAACUGUCAAACCCUUCACCUUCCCUGCGAUUUGGGAAAUGAGAUGCGAUUCCGUGUCAACGAGAAGCCUAAAAAGAAGUUCUGCACCCAACCUGUGGGUAAAGAAUUCCACAACGCAGCUUCGGUUUUCAAAUUCGAUGGCAAUGGCAAAAACUCGUUGAGCAUCACGUUCCUUUCGGGGACGGAUUCGAACCCUGAUGCGAUGACCAAGGGCUUCAAAUGCUUGGUUCGAGGCCAAAGUCAGCUGGAAGGCCAACUCAAAUUGCCUCCCAAGGACGUAGAUCCUCAUUGGGUGCCACCCAAUGAUCCAGUAUGCGGGUUGAGAUCAUCAAAUCGAAUUGUGGGAGGAUCUCGAGCCAGUUAUGACAAGUAUCCGUGGGCAGUGGGAUUGGUCAUUCAACAGCAUUUCUGCGGUGGAACCUUGUUAAAUCAACGUUGGGUCUUGACGGCCGCUCAUUGUAUUAGCGACGACAUUGAUCCCACCAAGAUUGUGGCAUUGCUGGGAUGCGCAAACAUUGGCCAAGACGACAUUGAUUGCGACCAAUAUCGGUUGGCGGAUACUGUUGUGCCUCAUCCAGACUACACGGGUUUGGUGGGCCAAGCUGUGGCCAAUGAUAUUGGACUUAUUCGUCUGGCCAAGGAUGUUAAGUACAAUGGAAGUGUUCGUCCAGCCUGUUUAGGAUCCCGGCCCGUUCCUGUCGAUGGAACAACCUUGAUGGCCGUUGGGUGGGGAAAGGUUGACGAAGGUGUUGAAUCCAGUGAACACCUUAAAGAGGCUGCCAUUGAAAGUGUGCCUGACGGAGACUGUCAGAGGUUCCGCAAAGUCCCUUUGCCACACACCAUCCUCUGCACCAAAGCCAUUAACGGAUCCACUUGCAACGGGGACUCUGGUUCCUACGUGGGACGUUUUGAUGGAUCCCGACAUAUUCAAGUUGGCGUGGUCUCAUACGGCAUGAAAGGAUGUGACGGGGUCAUGGCCAUGACCGAGACCGUGUUCUACAACCAAUGGAUCAAGGAUACUAUGAAAUAGUCUAGUCAGUACUUGGACCUAUUCCAUGAGUCCGAUAUGUUUGGUUCUUUCUGAAGAUUUCACUGUGUUCCCUAUUUGAAAAGAAGAAGAAAAAAAAUCCCUUCCAACCUUUACCCUUGAGAGAGU